AUGCUAUUCUUUUCUUCUCAAUGUCAAGUUGCAAGGUUUUAUGAGACGAAGCUAAAAAUCAGGGUUUAUACAUUUUCAUAUUUGAGCUUGUCAGCAUUCUACCUGAGGUUCAUUCCAUAUCAAGGUAUUCGCAUGUCUCAUCUUUCAUAUUCAUCUGCAAAGAAUUCCUCAGGGCAUAGUCAUUAUCAUCUAUUGAGAAGGGUUCCAAGACGUCGUUGUUCUAGUGCUCAUAUAGUCGGGACGUGCAAUAAUUUAUCACUGGCGUAUGAUGUCAAAGAUCUUCUUUUUGAGGAAGGCAUAGAAGUACUUAGCAAGAAGCGAACAGAAAAUUUAAAGAAGAUUGAAGGCUUACUGGCUGUUAACUUGGAGAGGAAACGAAUUAGGCCUGAUCUUGUGUUGAGACUACAAAUUGAAGAGAAAAUGCUCCGUCUUUUAGAUCUUCAGACACGUUUAAGGGAUGAGAUUGAUCAACAGCAACAAGAGAUAAUGGCAAUGCCAGAUAGGCCAUAUCGUAAGUUUGUUAGGUUGUGUGAACGCCAGCGUGUGGAACUUGUUAGACAAGUGCAGGCAUCUCAAAAAGCUGCUAGGGAGAAGCAACUCAAAUCUAUAUUUCUCUGGCGUAAGAAACUUCUUGAGGCACACUGGGCAAUUCGUGAUGUCCGUACUGCCCGCAACAGGGGGGUGGCCAAAUAUCAUGAGAGGAUGUUGCGGGAAUUCUCAAAACAUAAAGGUGACGAACAAUAG